AUGGACGGACAAGAGUUAAAUAAUCUAAAGAAAGCACGAGCUGUAGUAAAAGGACAGUUGAAGAAGGCAGAAAGAUUCCAGUCUCAAGGUAGUCUUACAGUGACAGAGUCGGUUGCAGAGAUGUUUCUUAAACUUCAGUUUAUUCGUGGUUUGAAUGACAUAGAUAUUCGAGCCAAACUUCUUCAAGGACGAGAGAAACGCACGUACAAAGACAUUGUUAACGAAGCAUCGGCAAUGGAACUGGCUAAAUCUGAGAGCAAAACUAAAAAGAACCAGACUAACAGAAAUUUGGAGCAAUACCAGACUCAAGAUGACUCAGAGAAAGGCAGUGAGUAUGAACAUGAAAUUAAUGUACUAAGUGACAGACAAAAAGAUGCUAUAUUUGGAAGAGAAUGGCUCAGAGAAGUGACAAUAGAUUGGGCUGAGAUAAAAAAUGUGAAAGCAAUACAACCUGAAAGUCUUGAUACCAUCCUCAGUGAUUUUGAGGAAGUUUUUGAUGGUAAAAUUGGAGAGAUACCUGAGUAUCUGGGACACUAUAGACUUAUAGACGAUGCUACACCUAUAUUUGUAAAACCAAGACAAAUACCCUUUUCCCUUAAAAGUAAAGUUGAAAAUGAAUUGAAAAGACUUGAAGACUGUAACAUUAUAACAAAGAUUGACCAUUCUGACUGGGGAACUCCCAUUGUACCAGUGGUGAAGCCAAACGGACAAGUACGAAUUUGUGCCGAUUACAAAGUAACACUGAACAGAGUAAUAAAAGAUGAGAACCACCCUAUUCCAAGAAUUGAAGAAAUCCACUCUCAAAUGAACGGAGGAAAAGUAUUUUGCAUGCUAGAUAUUUCCAACGCAUAUCUUCACAUGAAAAUGGAUGAGGACAGCGCACACAUGCAAACAUUGAGUACACAUAAAGCAACGGAUGCCUCUCCGGUGGGUCUUGGUGCUAUUCUUUCACAGCGUUACAGCGAUGGAAGUGAGAGACCGAUAAGUUUUGCCUCACGCAGUUUGACAAAAUGUGAACAGCUCUACAGCCAAAUUGACAAGGAAGCCACUGGCAUCUACUGGGGGCUUAAGAAGUUUUUCCCGUACUGUUAUGGACGGAAAUUUACUCUGAUUACUGACCACAAGCCACUCGUAUCCAUAUUCAGCCCCACAAAAACACUACCAUCAAUAUCUGCAACUAGAUUAUUUAAUUAUGCACACUUUCUAUCUGGAUUCGACUACAAAAUUGAAUACAGAAGAACAUCAGAUCAUGCUAACGUAGAUUUUUUAUCUCGGUUCCCAACUGAGCAUGCUUCAACUAAAGGCAGGGACAACUGUGACCUUUUUCAACUUAGUCAGCUCGAUUAUUUUCAAAUUAGUAGUUCUACAAUUUCUAAGUCAACAGCCCACGACAAAGACCUUCAACCAAUACUACAUGCACUUGAAGAAGGUAAAUCAGUGGAAGCUUUUGGGUACCAUGACAAUGAAUUAACACUUCAAGACGGAUGUAUAUUCAAAGGAUGUCGAGUUUUAAUACCACAAUCCCUUCGUAGGAAGGUUCUUGAUGAACUUCAUAUUGGGCAUUUAGGCAUGGAGAAAAUGAAAUCCCUAGCCAGAAGCUAUUGUGCAUGGAAGAAUAUUGACCGAGAUAUAGAGCAAUUGGCAAAAUCGUGCAAACAAUGCCGUUUGAAACAAAAUGAACCAAGAAAGGAACAAAAUCAUCCCUGGAUUGCUCCCCAGGGACCAUGGGAAAGGUUACAUAUAGACUUUGCUGGUCCAAUGCAAGGACAGUGGUACUUUAUAAUUGUGGAUGCCUUUACUAAGUGGAUUGAGGUAAUACCUACUAAGAAUACUUCUACAGAAUUUUGCACAAGAGAACUUAGAAAACUAUUUGCUACAUUUUGUCUUCCCAUGAUUUUGGUUUCUGACAAUGGAAGUCAAUUUACGUCUAGCGACUUCAAACAGUUCCUAUCAGAAAACGGGGUGGUCCACAAAACAACUGCUCCUUACCACCCUUCGUCAAACGGGCAGGCUGAGCGUUAUGUCCAGACUGUGAAGAAGUCCCUAAGAGCAAUGGAAGACGAGGGAGGGAGACUAGAUGUCAAACUCUUCAGAAUGCUUAUGCAGUUACGUCAAACCUCAAAAUUCAUCUGGCUGUGA